AUGAGUGUUAUUGUGCGGGAGCCAUGUGGGCGUAAUCGGCUUCUUGUCAAGGGUGCUGUUGAGAGUCUGUUAGAACGCACCUUGUACAUCCAGCUGGCAGAUGGAUCAAUUGUUCCAAUUGAUGAGCCUUGUCGGCAACUGCUGCUCUCGAGACACUCAGAGAUGAGUUCAAAGGGAUUGCGGUGCUUGGGUAUGGCAUACAAGGAUGACUUAGGAGAGCUUUCAGACUAUUAUGCUGAGGGUCAUCCUGCAUAUAAGAAAUUACUCGAUCCUUCCUGCUUCUCCUUGAUAGAAAGUAAUCUAGUUUUUGUUGGAGUUGUUGGUUUAAGGGACCCUCCUCGUGAGGAGGUUCACCAAGCAAUUGAAGAUUGUCGAGGAGCUGGUAUCAAGGUGAUGGUAAUAACUGGAGAUAACAAGUCCACUGCUGAGGCAAUCUGUCGCGAGAUUCACUUGUUUAGUGAGGAUGAUGACCUUGCAGGGAGGAGUUUUAGUGGGAAAGAAUUUAUGGAACUUUCAUCUGUGGAACAAAUGAAGAUAUUAAAUGAACCUGGAGGAAAGGUUUUUUCUAGAGCAGAACCUAGACACAAGCAAGAAAUAGUGCGGAUGCUAAAAGAGAUUGGUGAGAUUGUUGCAAUGACUGGAGAUGGUGUUAAUGAUGCUCCUGCGCUGAAACUUGCAGAUAUUGGAAUAGCAAUGGGCGUUACCGGAACAGAGGUUGCAAAAGAAGCAUCGGACAUGGUUCUUGCUGAUGAUAAUUUCAGUACCAUAGUAUCAGCCAUUGCAGAGGGUCGCUCAAUUUACAACAAUAUGAAAGCUUUCAUCAGAUACAUGAUAUCAUCUAAUUUUGGGGAGGUGAUAGCCAUAUUCUUGACUGCUGCUCUUGGCAUACCAGAAUGUAUGAUACCUGUACAGUUGCUGUGGGUAAAUUUGGUUACUGACGGUCCACCUGCUACAGCACUUGGAUUUAACCCAGCUGAAGUUGACAUAAUGCAGAAACCACCGCGGAGGAGCAAUGAUGCUCUAAUAAGCUCUUGGGUGUUGUUCCGCUACAUGGUAAUUGGGUCUUACGUUGGAUUAGCUACUGUCGGCAUUUUCAUUUUGUGGUACACUCGUGCUUCCUUUUUGGGCAUCAACCUCGUAAGUGAUGGGCACACGCUUGUUGAACUAUCUCAGCUUCGCAACUGGGGAGAGUGCCCAGGAUGGUCAAAUUUUGUUGCUGCUCCAUUUACAGUUGCUGGAGGUCGUGUUAUAACUUUUUCAAACCCUUGUGACUAUUUCUCUGUCGGUAAAGUGAAGGCCAUGACUUUGUCCCUAUCUGUGUUGGUGGCAAUUGAGAUGUUUAAUUCUCUGAACGCUCUCUCCGAAGAUACUAGUUUGAUCAAAAUGCCUCCAUGGAGAAACUGUUGGCUGCUGCUUGCCAUGUCAGUCUCAUUUGGUCUACACUGCCUGAUACUCUAUGUUCCUUUGUUGGCAGACGUUUUUGGAAUAGUUCCCCUGACUUUUAACGAAUGGCUUCUUGUUCUCUUGGUAUCAGCUCCUGUAAUCCUUAUUGAUGAACUCCUCAAAUUUGCGGGAAGGAGAAAAACGCAGAGAAGAAAGGUCAAGGCUGCAUGACAGUCUGGGUUAGAAGUAUUGAAUGCCUUUUUUUUAAAAAAAAAAUUUUGGGGCAAGGGUAACUGUAUACAAUCAUGUUUACAAGUGAAGAAAUAUUUCUUUGACUAUUUUCAGAUUCCGCCCUUCAAUUUUAGAAUGAAAAAUAUCAGUAGUUGUA